CUUUCUGCAAGAAAACCUUAAACAAACCUUUUGGAAGACUCUCCCUAUAAAUCUUUUAGAUUAACCAACCAAAAUCCUUGCUUAUAUUUUAGAACUUAUAAUAUUUUGGCUGCGAUAUGUUGACAAGAAGAUCUACUGCUCCCUACAGUUAUUGGAGGACCCACCAAAGAUUUAGUCUUAAUUCCAGAAUUUUGCUGGCAACUGUAAAGCACAUCAACAGCUGCCAAUUUCUGGGGAAUCAGAGGCUGAAAAUCUUCCAUGCCAAUUUGAAACUCCACGAUGCAAGCAGUAAGAAGGACAUGGUUGUCUACAAUGGGGUUGAUCCGGGACCUGUUCUUCCUUCAGAUCCUUCAUCAUCUCCUGGUUCUUGCAGGAAAAUGUGGAUUUUGGGAAUGUUAAUAACUGUUGUACUACCAGUUUGGAGAAACAAAUGGUGGCCAUUGUUGACGUUAAAAGACAGAGUUGAAUCGGUGGUGGAAACAGCAGAGGAUGUGACUGAUAUCGUAGAAAAGGUGGCUGAGAAAAUUGAGAAGGUAGCGGAAGAAGUUGCCGAUCAUUUGCCGGAAGGUGGAAAGCUUAAAGAUGCUGUGACAGUCGUUGAAAAUGUAGCUAAAGAAACUGCAAAAGAUGCGCAUCUCGUUCAUCAAGUUAUUGACAAUAUGCAAGAAGUGGAAAAGGAGGUAGAGUCUUCGAUUGAAACUGUUAUUGACCAAGCUAAUGAGAUAAGGAAAGAAGCUCAGGACCAAGAUUAGGCAAGGGAUAACCCAGACCAGCUAGCUUGCACGUCAAUGUACUUUUUUGACUUUUUUUUUUAAAUUAUAAUUUACUAAAAAAUCAGAUAAGAAGAACCAUACAUGCACACUUAAAUUAUUUUUUAAUCAAAACAGUAUUCAUGUCUAUAUUCAACUA